AAUAUAAUGCCAAUCCCAUUUUCGCGCAAUUAUCACAUAAGUAGAAGAAAAAUUAUAUUCAGAUCCCCGAAGUUUCCGCAUUGUUUUAGCGAUCCGUUCGUCAGCUUCAAACAUGCGCGCGCACCCACGCGCACACAGUGAGCUUCAAACAUGCGCGCGCACCCACACAAAAAGAACACCCAUACCUUACAGCAGUUUGUAUGCUAGACUGCGAGAUUGCCUCAAAGCAACCAACCCCUUCGCAUUAAAUUCAUGUACGCAACAAAGAAUAUUAUGACUGGCAUACCAGUAUACAAAUCUCAUUCGGCAUUACCUAGUUCAACUCUCCACCAGGAAUCUAUGGAUGUUCUGUAGUUCCCUUCAGUCCCUCCAUGGAUUUCAUUGUCUGUCAUGUCACAUUAAUCAGUCGAUGCUGCACCGAAAAACAACAGAGAAUUGAAACUUUUCUUUGUCGAUUUAUCACAUGUUCUGUCGACAUAAUUCCCGCAUAAAUCGAAUAAAUUUCUACUGUUAUCGCUUUACAUGUUUCGGCCAUUUAGGCCAUCAUAUAAUAAAUAGUUCACACACAAUAUAUUAAAAUACACUAUUACUUUCAAUAUUCAGUUUUAUACUAUUUAUACAUCCAUAUUAUAAGUUGGUGAAGGAAUUUUAUUACACGUACUUUACACAUAGCUCAACUGAAACUUUAACUGGUUUUAUGAAACAUGGUUCACUGCUAAAAGAAAGUUAAAUAACAUUAAGAAAAUUGAUUUCUGUGUAGGAUUUUAGGUUCCCACAUUAGCAGUUAUGGAGAGUUCUAAUUUCUGGGAUACAUCACUGUGUGGUCCAACAAAAGUUGAGCAUUAUUUUACAGGAACAUGUUACUUCCACCUUCAGUGUUGAAGAGCAAGCCAAGCAAAAGACUGGCAUGAAGACAGGAAGUAGAGCUUUGCUUGCUCCCAGCUUCAUUCUGAAGAUGGAAGCAUGUUCCUUCAUGUCAGAUAAUUUCACUGGACCACAUGGCAUUAUAUCUUGAAAAACAGAACAUUUCAUAAAUUAAUUUCUGACUGUAUAGUGCAAUAUCUUCAAUACAGCAGGCUUGAAAGCAGUGAACUUCCAAAGUAAACAUUCAGACCAAUGAGGUAUGGAUAAUAGCAACAUCUGGAAAACUACUACACUGCCAAUAGUACAAACAUCAGUGUCAUGCAUAACAAGGAAAUCCAUCUGAAACAUCUUUGAGGGUUUAUAAUCAUAGACAGUGGCACAGACCAUUCCUAGACAGUUACUGAAUUCUUAUUAUCAACAUACAACACAAACCACAGUUGCCAUAUGGGAUAGCUUUUUGAACAGACUUCCAUAAGGUUGCCUCCCGUAUGGAAUACUUUUACAGACGUUUCAUACAGAGUUAAUAAAAAUUCCUAAUACAUAUUCUGAUGAUGGACGAUACUCAAUAUCAAAUCUUAGGUAAACAGUGGCAAUAAACACUUCCUCUUCUCGCACAAAAGUCUGCAUUAAAAUAAUGUAAUUCUCUUUCCUUAGAACUGUUGAGUUAUACAAACAAAAAGAUGGAAGGUUUGUGGUUUUCAAGAAAAUUCCCCUGGACAACAUGACAGAUCAAGAAGAAAAGGUAUGAUUAUUUGCAUGUAACUGAUAAAACUGAGAGGCUACUAAUGGAGUAGAGUACAUCCAAUUUGGAAUAUCUGCACAGUUUAGAGCAUCUAAAGCCAUAUGGCCCAUUAACUGAGAUAUAUGUCUGUUAGUUGUGUUGCAAAACAUACAAUCACAGUUCGACUCUAAAGGGUUCUGAUGAUGUUAUUUUACACUUACUAUUACUGCAUUUCUGGACUCUGUCCAUUGUGAUGGCGCAGUCGGUAUAGAGAUGGCUGCAGGAUGGAUGACCGGGUGGGCAGAGUUUGAGUCCUGCUAGGGAAAAGAAUUUUCCCUUCUCCAUGUCAUCCAGACUGGGGUCCACCCAACUUCCUAUCCAAUCGGUACCAGGGCUCUUUCUCACGGGGUAGAGCGGCCAGCAUGUGAAGCUGACCACUCACCUCUAGCCAAUAGGCCAAGGUCAAGAAAAUGUUCAUCUAUAUGUCCACUCUCACAUACACCUUCAUGGUGUAGUGCUUAAUUAGUUAAGCACAGGGACAACUUUACCUUUUACAGAUUUCCACAGAGAAAACAAUGCUUUCAGAAACUACAUAUGCGUCUGUCAUCAUGUGCAAAGGUGGAAAGACACCUACUCAGAUGGAUCUGUUAGGCACAGCUGAUCUCAAUCAGUGGAAAACCUAAGUGUCUUUGGACUACCAGAUGACAGAAAGUGUCCAGACACCCUGUACUUCUAACUACAGUAUCUACGAAAAGCACUACAUUCUGGUGCAUGAUAUCACAUGGGUCAGUAGAAGUUUCAUAAUGUUUUGGAGAAAAUUACUGCCUCCGUCUUAGACCCUGAAGAUGGAUGUAGCACAUUCCGCAGAAAUGUUGAACUUCUGACAGACUACACGCUGUCACAUCCCAUAACUUAGUUAUCUUCAAAGCUAUAGCUGUAAGAAUCUAAAAACAUAACCUUACCAUAUCACUCAACAAAACAUGAUGAGGUAUUGUCACAAUGAACAGUGUCACAUUUCAGAAUAUAAUCACUCUGUUAUUGGAAGAAUGUCAUAAGAAUGAAGAGUCAAUAAGUGUGCAGAGCAAUGAAGCACAAAUGAACCUCUCAUUUAAAAUAUUUAUGAUCUACCGCCCUUUCUCUGCUCUACAAAGUCCUAUUCAACGGGUACCAAGAGCAAUUUUCCUAGGGGUAAAAUGGUUCUCUUCAGUCCCUCCAGGCAAAUGCUAGGGUUAUUUGGUUAUGACCUCUUCCUUCCAAAUUCUAUCCAAUUCAUAACUCGUCUGUCAUCCUAUCAUUCAAUGCUAUGCAGGCUACCUACUGAAAGUACAAAUUACAUUUUCUUAUGGAUACUAUAUAUAAUUUUACACUGUCACUUUUCUACCUUUUCUUACCAGAUGGCUUAUGAAGAAGCUGUACUGAUGUCGCGAUUCAACCACCCAAAUGUAAUUUACCUGCACGAAUGCUUCAUAACUGAUAGAAUUCUGUGCAUUGUAAUGGAGUAUGCAAUGGGAGGCACACUAGAAGAGUUCCUGCGGAAGAAAGGUGGCAAACUAUUGUCACAAACUGAAGUUGUUUACAUGUUCAGCCAGAUGGUGCACGGGUUACAUUAUAUUCAUCAGCGAGGAGUCGUGCACAGAGACAUUAAGCCAUCAAACAUUCUCCUCACCCCAGUAGGAGUAGAAAUUGUGGUUAAGAUCGCUGACUUUGGGCUCUCAAAAAUAUUCAAAAGCAGGAAAACAGAAUUCACCUCUGUGCUGGGAACUCCAAGCUACCUGGCACCAGAACUCUGUGAGGGCCAGUCCUACAACAAGGAGACUGACAUUUGGGCACUGGGCUGCGUUCUGUAUGAAAUGAUGACUUUGAAGAAAGCAUUUGGGGCUGAAACACUGGGGUCAAUUGUAAGGAAAAUUCUUCAGUGCCAGUUUGUGCCGCCUAAUCCACAGAAAUAUGGGGAGCACCUGAGGCAACUCCUGUACUGCUUACUACGGAUCGAUCCCACAUGCCGGCCCUCAACACAGAUGAUCAUGGCUGAUGUAGCAAUCACCGAGAUGUGUCACAAACUGACAGUAAACCUGGGACUGGUUCCUUCUUCUCAUAAAACAUGAUCACAAUUACCAACUACAAAACCUUAGCAGCAGGGAAAUGGAAGCAGAAAGUGUAAAUUUGGUAUUAGGGAUACUACAAACAUUGUUCACUCUAAUGAAAUACCUGAUAUGCUUUGACAAAUUAAACGGUAACAAAAGAACGUCUAAUUUUGUGGAGCUACACCAUUUCUUUUAGCAGACAGUGUAACUGCAUGUGAAGUGAGAGUUGUUCUGAAUAUAAAAACAAUGAAUGUGACACUGUGUGGGAAAUAGUGCCUUAUAUGCAUGUGUGUUUUGUGUUGGUUUCAGAUGCAAUGUACAUAAUGUAAUAAGAGUGUUAUUUAUAUACUUCACUUUCAAACAUCAACAAAUGAAAAUUCACAUACAAGGAUAUAAAAAAUAUGGAGUGUCAGAUUUUAUUAAAAUAUACAAAAAUAAAACUAUAAUUUUAAUUUUCGUAGUGUGUGGUGUGAAUGUCAGUUUGCCAUGUUAAGGAAAGAACACAUACUGAGGGUGCUGAGAAGAAUAUUUAAACCUAAGAGGGAUGAAGUGACAGUAGAAUGGAGGAAAC